AUGUUGCUAACAUUUUACAGGAUCUUGAGAAUGCUCAACAUGAAGCAGAUUGGAUGCAACUACUACAACCCCAAUGAUCCACUCAACAUCCCACAGCACAGGCUGACCAUCUGGCCAGGCUACACCACCACCAUUUUGAGGUUGGAGUCAGCCAUUAUGCUGUGUACUGACGUGAGCCACAAGGUGCUGCGUAGUGAGACGGUCCUCGACUUUAUGACCAACCUGAGAGAGAAGUGUAGAAAUCAACGAUUCCCUGAGGUCUGCGCCAAGGAGCUGAUUGGACUCAUCGUCCUCACUAAAUACAACAACAAGACCUACAGGGUUGAUGAUAUUGCAUGGGAUCACACUCCCAACAAUACAUUCACAAAGGGAGACACCGACGUUUCAUUCAAGAGCUACUAUAAGACGCAAUACGACCUGGACAUCGCUGAUGGGAACCAGGUGCUGCUGGUGAGCCAUGUGAAGAAGGUGCUGGUUCCUUCUGGAGGUCCUCCUCCUGGCCCGGCCAUGCUCAUCCCAGAGCUGUGCUUUCUGACAGGCUUGACCGACAAGAUGCGAGCCGACUACGUCAUCAUGAAGGACUUGAGCAUGCACACCAGAUUGGAACCAAAUCAAAGGGAGGGACGCCUCAACAGAUUUGUCAGUAAUAUCCACAAGAAUAAAGAUGCUCAAGCUGAGUUGGACAAGUGGGGACUACAUUUUGAAAAGCAUCUUCUACAGCUGACUGGCAGAGUCCUUCCAGCGGAGAGGAUUUUCCAGAGACAGAAAUCGUUUGAUUACAACCCCAUGCAAGCUGACUGGUCCAAAGAGAUGCGUGGGCUGCCUCUGAUCAGCUCUCCUCCACUGGAUAACUGGCUCUUGUUCCACACCCGUCGUAACGGCACUGAAGCCCAGGCCCUGAUGCAGACCCUCGUCAGAGUCUCGGGUCCACUCAAUAUUAAAAUACGGAGGGCCGUCGUGAUUGAGUACAACGAUCAUCAGGAGUCUCUCCUCAGAGCCCUGCAGAGUAAUGUUACAACCCAAACACAGAUGGUCGUGGUGGUCCUCUCCAGCAACAGGAAGGACAAGUACGACACCGUCAAGAAGUUCCUUUGUGUGGACUGCCCCAUUCCCAGUCAGUGUGUCGAUGCCCGUACCCUCGCCAGACAACAAAUACUCAUGACUGUUGCAACCAAGAUUGCUCUUCAGAUGGCUUGCAAGAUGGGAGGAGAGCUCUGGAGUGUGGAAAUCCCUCUCAAACAGCUGAUGGUUGUGGGCAUUGACUGCUACCAUGACACCGUUGCUGGGAAACGGUCUAUUGGAGCUCUAGUGGCCAGCCUCAAUCAGCGCAUGAGCAGGUGGUACUCAAAGUGUGUGCUACAGCACAGAGGCCAGGAAAUCAUGGAUGAACCGAAGAUGGCUUUAUGUGGUGCACUGAAAGACUAUCGGAAGUUCAACAACUGCUUGCCUACACGCAUCAUUGUGUACAGAGAUGGCGUGGGAGACGGCCAGCUGCACAGCGUGGUCAACUACGAGGUUGCACAGCUCGUCAAAGCCAUCCAGUCCAUGGGGCAUGACUACAUGCCCACGCUGAGUGUGGUGGUGGUGACGAAGCACAUCAGCAGUCGUUUCUUUGCCUCCAUAAAAGGCAAUGUCGCCAACCCUCCCCCAGGCACCGUUGUGGACUCUGAGGUUACCCAUCCAGGGUGGUAUGACUUCUACAUUGUGAGCCAGGCUGUCCUCAACGGAAGCAUUUGUCCAACACACUACAAUGUUGUGUAUGACACCAGUGGACUCAAGCCCGAUCACAUGCAGCGGCUUACCUACAAGCUGUGCCACAUGUACUACAACUGGCAGGGGAUCAUCAGAGUGCCUCCCUGCCAGUAUGCCCAAAAGCUGGCUUACCUUGUGGGUGAAAGCAUCCAUAAAGAGCCCAGUGGGAAACUGGAUGACCUCCUCUUCUUCCUUUAA